UAUAUAUAUAUAUUUAGAGAGAGAGAGAGAGAGAAACGGAACCAGGCCACAAGCGAAUCGAGUCCCGUUGCGCUGAGCAACUUGACGGCGCUGUGGAGCAAGGAUAACAAGAGUAAAGAACGCAUUGUGCAUUGCACAUCAAGGACACAUUUACAGUUAACGCGAUUCACACACACUCACACACACACACACACUGAGCAAACAAGGCGCAGUGGGCGUGGCUCCAUUCGCUGGACAGCAUUUAGAGAAUCAACAUCAAUCAAGUCCGAGUCCGAGCAAAGCACAGCACAACUGGGCCCCAUGUAGUUGACUCCUCUCAUCUGCAUAGUGGGUAGCAGGAUUAGCCUAUCAGGCAGCAAAAACAAAAUACUCAUCGGACUCAUCAUCCCAUCCCAACCCAUCCCAGCAGCAGCGGCAGGCAACAACCAACAGCUGCAGCAUGGCGCGACGCAAGGGCAGCGGACGUGGCAAAUCAACUGUGAAUUCGCGUAAAAAUGCCUUGGAAACGUCACGCGAAAAACUUAAGGAUGAGCCGGCGGCGAAUUCAACGCAGGCGAGCAAAUUUGAUGUUACUAUGGAAAGUGCCACAACAACAACAACAACAGCAACAAACACAGCGAAGCAGUACAAAACAACAGCAGCAGCGACAACCACAACAACAACAGCAACUGCGACAGCAAUUGAGAGCAAAAGCUCGCGAGAUAAAUUAAGCGAGCUGCCAGCCGAAAUUGCAGACAGCAACAGCAGCAGCAACAACAACAACAACAGCCACCACAGUGAUAAUAGUAUUAGUGAGAAUAAUUAUGAGUUUAAGGCUAAGGAUAAAGCGAACGUAAGUGAUAGCAAAAUGACGCUACAGCAGGUGGCAAGCAGCGCAGCUAGCAAUGUGGCAGCAACAACAACAACAGCAACAACAAUACCAGCCACAGCCAACACCACCAGCAACAAUCACAACAACAACAGCAGCAGUGAGGAUCCAACAACAGCGACAGCAACAAUUGUCGAUGGCUGGACGAGCUCAACCAAUUUGCGUUAUUUGCACAAAAAGUUUAAGCGGCUGGCGAGCACCACCGAACCAGAGUCGGUGGAUGCAAUGGCAGCGGUGCGCACCACAUCGCUGUCAUCGAACAGCUCGUUGUCGCCACCGCUGCCAGUGGCCGCAGCACCGCUGCUCAAUGGACAUGUGACGGUGAAGGUUGCUCCCUUGCUGCCGGCAAGAAAUGUUGAAUUCAGUGCCAAUUUCGUAAAUGCCAACGACAACAUCAACAUUAACAACAACAAUAACAACAGUCAUGAUGAGAGCAACAACAGCAGCAGCAACAAGCAUGGCAAUGUUGCUGGUGUUGCUGGUGCGCCUCGAACACGCACGCCCCUCAGCAACAGUAAUAGCAACAGCAAUAUUAACUAUGCCAGCAAUGCAACACUGUCGCCAGCAACAUUCGCACAGCAUCAGCAACAAACGCAGCCAACGCCAGCAGCACCAGCAGCCGCAACAACAACAACAACAACAGCAGCAAAAACUAGUCGCCCCAAGUGCCCCUAUUGCAAUCUGAUCUGUGCAAAGCCAUCGGUGCUGGAGAAGCACAUUCGGGCCCAUACCAAUGAGCGACCGUAUCCGUGCAACAACUGUGGCAUCGCCUUCAAAACGAAGAGCAACCUGUACAAACACUGCCGUUCCCGUUCCCAUUUGGCGCGCAUGCGCGGCCUCGAUGUGCCAGCCAAUGAGACGGACGGUCUGUCCGACCAGGACGGCGAUGGGGAGCUGAGCAACAGCAGCUCCGAGCUACUAAGCGUCGAAGUUUUGAGUCGCACAGAUUCGCCUUAUGAUGAGGCAAUGGCCUCGCCGACGCCAUCACCAUCGACGCUGUCGGCGGCGAAGAGUACGUAUCUGCAGCAGCCGCAACUGCAACAGCAUAUGCUGCAACAGUUGCCGCUGGGCUCACCAGCAGCCGGAACACUGCCGCCCGCCCCGACCGCUGACUCGCUGCACUCGGCGACCGCUCAGCAUCGCCAGUCGCUCGACUACAAGCCAUACAAGCCCAAGUUUCACAAUGCAUCCCUUUAUGCGCCCGGCACCCUCAAGGAGCAACAGCAGCAACAACAACAGCAACAGCAGCAGCAGGUACUGCAGCAGCAACAGCAGCAGGCGUUGCUGCAACCACAACAGCAGCAACACAAACUGUCAGCGCAGCAACAGCAGCAGCAGCAGCAACCAUCGCUGGCGCAUCCAACGCUCUCGCCCAGCACCCAGUUGAAGCUCAACAAUCACAUCAAUUCGCAUCAGUUGCAGCUGCAGCUGCAGCAUCAGCACCAACAGCAGCAGCAGCAACAGCAUUUGCACGCCCAGCAAUCCUUGCUGCUGGCGGCUGCAGCAACCAAUCCGGUUGCAUUGUCUGCAUUGCCACCGCCGCCGCCAGGCGUUUAUUACUUGGGACAGCCGCAGUAUUAUAAUCCAACUGCAGCUGCAAUGCAUCAGCAUGCGUUGGCCAUUCAGCAGAUGCAGUUGCAGCAGCAGCAGCAGCAGCAUCACCAACAGCAGCAGCAGCAACACUCGCCGUUGCUGAAGGCGCCACAGCAGCAACAGCAGCAGGUAAUAACCACCUCUCUCCCCUCCCCCUCUCAACAGCUGUUGCGCUCCACUAGCCAACAACAGGCAGCAGUGAUUGCAACAACAGCAGCGCUGCCAACACCAGCCACACCCAACCCGCCAACCAAUCUGAGCAGCUUUGCCAGCUCAAGCGGCGGCAUGCAAGUGAAUGUGGAAAAGGUGCAGGAGCACAUCUCCAAGCUGAUCUCACAGAACGAGGCGAUUGUGGAGAACAAGGAGAUACUGCUGCAGAAGAAGUAUCCCAAGCAGCUGAAUCGUUCGCGCAGCUUCAACAAUGCCAACAACAACAGCAACAACAACAAUAGCAGCAACAGCAACAUCAACAGCAGCAGCAGUAUACCAACAACAGCGCACGCCAACAGCAACAGCAACAACAACAACAACAGCAAUCAGCAGCUGGGCGAGACUAAAGUGAACCUGGCACAGGCAAUAGUACAAAAACAGCAACAACAGCAACAGCAGCAUAUGCAACAACAGUUGCAGCAGCAACAGUACCAAUUAUACUUGCAACAGCAACAACAACUGGAGCCGCCUGUGAAUGGUCUGCUGAAGCGCAGCAGCAGCAGCUCUGCAAGCAGUACAGCCAGCAGCGGCUAUGCCAGCCUUAAGGGCACAGCGACCCCAACACAAAUCGCCGCAGCCACUGUAAAUGUGAAACAGUUGCAACAGUUGCCGCCGCCGCCAUCGCCGUUGCCGUUGCAACAGUUGCAGUAUCGCCAGGAUCCGUCAACGCCAGUGCCCAAGCUGGAGCAGCAGCAGCAGCAGCAGCAGUUGCAGCAACCCUUGCCACUGAAUUUGUCUGCCAAGCCCAAGCCGUCGCUAGCAAUGCCAGCAAAACCAACACCAACAGCAACAGCAGCCGCAUCAGCAACAACAACUGUUGUUGCAAAGAGCACAGCAACAACAGCGCCAGCGGCAGCACCGAAUAUAUCCAUAAUCAAGAAUCUGCUGUUGAAUGCACGUGGCCUGGCAGUGCCAAUUGGCGAGGGCGAUGAUGCCGUCUACUCCUGCCCCAUUUGCGCCAGUAAGUUUCGCAGCGCGGACGAGCUGAAGCACCACAACAGCACCUACUGCCAGGAUGCGAACAGCAGUGCACCGAUCAGUCCAGCCUCAUCGCCGAGCACUAAAUACUUUCGCUCCAAUUCCAUAUCGUUUAGCCUGCCAGAGCUCCAAUCGCACAUGGCCAACUCGAAGAAUCCGUUGUCGCUGGCCAAGCUCGCCAAGGUUGCCUGGUCGCAGCUAAAAACCAAGCCGAGCAGCCUGGUUCUCAGUCGUCUCAGUGCGGCACAAUCUCCCGCACGCACCUCAACCGUCACAGCGGCUAUCAACAGCAGCAGCAGCAGCAGCAGCAACCACAUUAACAGCAGCAGCAGCAUCAAUCACAACAGCAGCAGCAAUCACAUACCAGCAACAGCAGCAACAGCUGUUGUAAUCCCGCCCAGCAUUGAUGCCACCAGCGUUGCUUUGCGUUUUGUGGACGCACCGCUGCCAUCGCCGGGUCCGCUGCUCGGCAAGACACCGCUGGUGGAUUAUGCGGCGCCACGCAAAGCGCCCGAUGCCCAGGUGGUCAUCACGAAAAUGCACGAGGAUCGACUGGAGAACAUUAUCGUUGAGGCGCCAUCGAAACGGCUCAAGCUGAGCAGUGGCGAGACAUCGUUCACGCUGCCAUCUGUCGUCGGUAUGCUCUUUGCUGGCAAUUCAGAGUUGCCGUUAAUUGGCAAGGAGGAGCGUUUGCGUCGCUUUACAUCAUCCGGCGGCACCAUGAUACCCAUUUCCGAGUGUCCCGAGCUGGACAAGAGUCCCAAAAUGAUACGCACUCCUCUGUUGUCCGGCGGCAGUUUCCAGGAGAUGUCGCCACGUCUCAGCGACAUCAAGGAGCGCAAACUACUCGCUGCCAACAACAAUAACAACAACCACAACAACAACAAUAACAAUAAUAAUAAUAAUAAUGGUUUCCUGCUCAGCGGGUCCAACACGCCGCAUCAUUUCCAAUUUCCACCAAUCAAUUCGAUAACCGCCUUCAAUCCGCUCACCUUGCCACCGAUGAGCAACAGCAUCGGCACCAGCAGCAGCAGCAACAUUGUGGAUAAAGCGAUACCCUAUGUGCCGGGCAUACCCGGUCCGGGCAGCUUAUCGUUGCUGCCACCGCCACUGCAGCUGCAGCGUGGACGCAGCCCCAAUCGCAAACAGCCCAGUCCCAAUACGAAUGCCAAUCUCAAUAUCAAUCUCAAUCCGCUGCUGGCAGCUGAGGGCCCACUCAAGGCACUCUCGCCCUUCGGUGGCGUACAGAAUUUGCCCAGCGAAUUCAGUCGCCAACCACCAACGCCAGCGCAACGCAAUGCGCUCCAAUGGACGAACAGCAGCAGCAACAGUAGCAGCAAUAAGCUGCCAGUGAUUGUGGCUGACGGCACGCUGGCCAAGAAGCCACCAUUCAAUUUUCUACGCAUGGCGGAUAAUGUGAAGAGCUCCGCUGUGCAGGAGCAACAGGCCCAGGCACUGGCAAUGGGUAUGCUGGAGGUGCGUCACUUUAAUUUCGAUAAUGUGAACAAAUCGCAGGAGGCGCUGGCGCCGCUGCACGUUGACACGCCCGAUGAGGCAGCAGCAGCAGCAGUAGCAGCAGCAGCAAUCAAAACAACAACAACAACCACUGCAAUUCUAGUAGCUGCAACAAGUGCAACGAGCAGUGCCAAGUCGAAAUUCUUGCGACCCACCAGUCUGCCUCUAAAGCCGGGCACCUUUACCCCAAAGCGACAUCAUGGCAUCACACCGACUGCCAAUACACUGCCCCUGAUCUCACCGGAAACCCCGAGACCCUCCAAGUCGUGCGUGCAACUCUAUCUGAAUGGCCAUGCGUACACCUAUCUGGGACUCAAGUGCAGCACGAAGAUGUUCUACUGUACGGUUAACUGUCCGCAGCCCUCGUAUGUGGCGGGCAUGCACAAGCUGUCCAUGUACAGUGUGUGGCAGGUGUGCGAGGAGAAUCAGCCGCAUCCGCUCGGUUUCAAGCCCAAACAGGUGAUGGCUCUCUACGAUUCCAGGCAAAAGAUGCUCGGCACUGGUUGCACCACAGCAAUGGCGGGUGCCGGCAAACUGCAGUACUCUGUCUUCAGUUCACAGGAAACGGUUAGCACUUGCUCAACGACGGCCAAUGGACAGAGCAAGUUCUACCAGCACCAGUUGAAACAGCCGCCAUCAAUUGGCGCGCUCAGCGAGGCGAAUGUGGCAGCCAAGGCCAGCGAGGAGGCGGCCGCCAAGAAGCUGGAAACGGGUCAACUAUUGGUCGGUGGUUAUGAGUCGCAUGAGGAUUACACGUACAUUCGUGGACGGGGUCGUGGUCGCUACGUCUGCUCCGAGUGUGGAAUACGUUGCAAGAAGCCAUCCAUGCUCAAGAAGCAUAUACGCACCCACACCGAUGUGCGUCCAUUUACCUGCAGUCACUGCAGCUUCAGCUUCAAGACCAAGGGCAAUCUCACCAAGCACAUGCAGUCGAAGACGCACUUCAAGAAAUGCCACGAGCUGGGCAUCAAUCCGGGACCGAUGCCCGCCGACGGCGAGUUCCUUGAUGUCGAUGACUUUGAUCAGCAAUCGUCGACAUCGGCAGGCGGACGCACCUCCUCCAUGGCCGGUGAAUCCGAUUCGGAUGACUACAGCGACAACGAGUCCGAGAGCAGUGACACCGAUGAGUCCAAGUCGCGCAUGAAGGAGCAUGAGGCGGCACGGGGUCUGCUGUCGCUGUCGAUGACGCCGCCGAUACCGCAGAGUGUUUCACCGUAUCCGGCACUGGUCCAGGAUACGCCGGCUGCCAGUCCAGCGAACAGCAUUGGCUCCUCGGCUGGCAGCGCAGCUGGCAGCGGUUCGCAGCCAAAGCGACAGGUUUGCUCGUUUACGUCGCCCAAGCCGCCGUUUGACUACCAGAAGCAGGAACAGUAUUACUCCAAUCCCGAGGAGUCCAAACCCAAGCGCGGUGUGCCCAACGAUGAGAGCAGCGCACCCAUGGAUCUGACCAAGCCACGUCCAAUGCCUAGCAUUUCAGUGGCGGCCUCGUCGCCCGUUGCCGACCAGAUGCUGGCGCAGACACCCAAAUCGCAGGCGCAGCAGAUGCGUGACGUAAUCUUUGGCACGGGCAACAACGAGUGCGGCUUCAUGAAGACCCUAAUCUCUGUCUCCGACAAGGUGCGCAUCUCUGCCGAAAUUGAGGAGCAGGCAAAGCGCGAAAGCGAGGGCGAAGAUGUCCUCCUGCAGACGUACAUCAAGGAGCAGGCGCUGCAGCAUGCCAAAAUGAAGCAGAGCCAAUUCAGUCGCAGCUACCUGGUCACUUCCACCACCAACUCCAACUCGAACUGCAUCAGCAGCUGCAGCUCCAACUCGACCACGAGCAGCGUUACCAUUAGCUGUGCUGUGACCACGCCCAUUGUUAACAGCAAGCCACAGUUGAACAUCGCUGAGCUGCCCAGCAUUGAGGUGCACGAGGUGAAGACACCAGAGUCGCCAACGCCAUCGCCGGCACUUGUCAAAUCCGCCGAGGAGAGUGAGGAAAGCGAAACGCAAUCGGAUCAGGAGAAACCAAGCCUAACAACAUCCAUUCCUGUACCAGUAACCGUCUCUGUCUCAGUUGCUGUACCUGUUUCCAGCUCCAAGUCGAGUGCAGAGAUUCUGCAGCCGCACAAUGCCAAUUUGCCUGCUGCAGUGCAGCAGCCAGAUGCCACCGAUUUUAGUGGCGUACUCAGCAGCAGCAGCAGCAGCAACAGCAACAAAAAUAACAACAGCAGCAGCGGCAGCAGUGGAUCAACUGCACCCACGCGUAUUGUGGUCGUUGGUGAGGAUGGCUUCAAACCAACCAGCGGCAGCAACGAAUUGCAGUCUGCUGGCGGCGCAACAGCAGCUGCAACAGCAGCGGCAACAGCAGGUGCAACGUAUACGAAUCGUGUGGUGCCACAGCCGCCACCGCCGCCCAUAGCGAGUGAUGCGCGACCCACUUGCACCGUUUGCAACAAGACGUUCCAGCGAACGCAUCAGCUGACGCUGCACAUGAACAUCCACUACAUGGAACGGAAGUUCAAGUGCGAGCCGUGCAGCAUCUCGUUCCGCACCCAGGGUCACCUGCAGAAGCACGAGAGGAGCGAGGCGCACCGCAACAAAGUGAUGAUGACAUCAACGUUUGGUGUGCCAACCACAUCCAAUCCGCGUCCCUUCGAGUGCACCGAUUGCAAGAUUGCGUUUCGCAUCCACGGCCAUCUGGCCAAGCAUCUGCGCUCCAAGACACACGUGCAGAAGUUGGAGUGCCUGCAGAAGUUGCCAUUUGGCACCUAUGCCGAGAUCGAACGGGCUGGCAUCAGUCUGACGGAGAUCGAUACCAGCGACUGUGAGAAUUCGCUCAUCUCGCUCAAGCUGCUGGCACAGAAGCUGCUCGAGAAGGAUCCGAACAAGCUGAGUGGCUACACAACGCCGUCGGGCAUGCUGCAAUUAUCGGCGGAUGCACCGGCUGCCGGUCAGGACAGCGCCUCAGAGGAUGGGUUCAGUGCGGCGAACAGUGCCGCUGCCUCGGCCAUUGCCUCGCUGGACAACGACAGUGCCGGCAACACACCGAAGCGUGCCAGCUCCAUGUCCGAGGAUGAGACGCUCACCAACGGACUCGGCCUCAGUCACAGUCACAGCCAUGGCCACAGUCUGAAGCGGCGUCUGCAGAACAGCAGCUUCAGCAGCAAUGGCGAUGAGAGCGACAAUCCAACGGAUACCACUGGCAGCGGCAGUGCCAGUGGCAGCAGCGAGAAGCGUGCCAGAAGCAACACCAAUGAAAUCAUCACGCUGCCGACGCCGGUGGCUGUGUCGACGGCAACGGCCAGCAACUGACAGUAUAUGUAUAUGCUGCAGCCCACCUGAGUGUGGCCCUAUCAACAACGACAACAACAGCAGCAGCACCGCUACCAGGCUAGAUACGCCUGGCCACAAUCCCGGCCAGGCCAACAGCCACGUGGUGGAAGCGGCAAUGACCAAAACAUCAACGAGCGCAUAUCAAAUGUCUAAGCAUAUCGCAUUUGGGCACACAAAACCAUUCUACACACACACACACUACCACACACACACACUACCACACACACACGCGCACACACACACGCACACACCUUAAAGUGGUUGCUCAAAAUGUGGAUUGGUAAAGAAAAGCCAACAAUUUGUGUUCGAAUUUUCAGGCAUAAUCUAAAAAUGUAGUUGCCACUUUAAGCUAGUUGUGUGUUGGCCUGUCUAUGUGUGUGUGUGUGCGUGUGUGUG